AACCAAUACAUUUACAUUACAAUAGUAGUGAAGAAUUGUUGCGAAUUCAAGUUCAAGGUCAUUCUCAAAAUGUGCUACAACAACCUCAGCUGGAGAGUGGUUUUUUCUUAACUUUACUUUUACUUUACUGCCAAAACGAAGAUCUGUAAAUGCGAGGGAAUAAAAGGCUAUUCUAGUCGCAUGAAGCAAGGGUUUUGUUUGAUAAUCGUUGACACGUGAAUUGUGAUUUAAAGGUGACGUAGGUUUCAUUAUCAAUUAUUAUCAAUUGGUGAAUACUAUUUAUCCUUGUGGAGCAAGGAACAUAUGAAGUGUGCAGCAUGUUACAAUUCAAGAAUACUUUACAUUAAAAACCAAACUACAUUAUUUUGACAAUCAAGUUGAUUGAAUCAACAACAAGAAACAAUGGCGGAACGGAAAUCGAGAGAAAAUGUUCAAGCUACCUUGUACCGCAGUAAUUCUGCAGACGUGAAGGACGACACUUUCAAGCUGGAGCCCAUCAGCCCUUCCGAGAAGGAGCAGUUUGCCUUCUCGAGAUGUAGCAGUACUGGAUCCAUCAACACCUUGUCGUCCUCAGCUCAUAAUACGGACGACGAAGACACCGACGGAGGCAACUCAAGUAUGAGCUACAAAGAAAGACGUCGAGAAGCGCACACACAAGCUGAACAGAAACGACGAGACGCAAUCAAGAAAGGAUAUGAUUCUUUGCAAGAAUUGGUGCCCAUGUGUCAGCAGAACGACUCAUUAAGUGGAUAUAAAUUAAGCAAAGCUACAAUACUGCAAAAGUCGAUUGAUUACAUACAAUAUUUGCUUCAACAAAAGAAGAAACAAGAAGAAGAACUGACUGCCCUGAGGAAAGAAGUAGUUGCACUGCAAAUCAUGAAAGUAAACUACGAACAGAUUGUGAAAGCACAUCAAAAUCAGCCAGGAAAUGCUGCACUACAAGUUUCUGAUGAAAUAAAAUUCAAAGUGUUCCAAGCCAUUAUGGAUUCAUUGUUUGUGUCCUUCAAUUGUGGAAUGAGCACAGCCAAUUUCACCGAACUUUCAGCUUGUGUUUUCAGUUGGCUGGAAGAGCAUUGCAAGCCUCAGAUUUUAAGGGAUAUGGUCCUAGGAAUUCUUCAACAUUUGAAAAAUCAAGUUCCGGGCUCCGGGCAUUUGUAGUUAACUGUGUACCCACUUCCCAAUGGUGCUGUUUUUUUGUAAAAAAAUGUUUUCAUCAGCAUUCAGCAGAAAUGUAGAGCGAAAUUAUAAUUUACAUGUAUAAGAUGCAUUGUUAUUUUCUUUAUAUACCAGUAUACGUUACGUUUGGGUUUUUUGCUUGCGUGUUUUAUGACGCUUUAUGAACAAAUGUGUUCUUAGGUGUAUGAUAUUAUUGUUGUUCACGUGAAAAUUUACUAAAACCCGACAAAUCUAAUUAUAUAUAUCUGUGUAAGAAAAUGUAGUUCAUGGUUAACAAAUGUUCAAAUUUUUUCGUAUAUUUUUGUGAAUGACUUGUAAUGAAAUGAAAUUUGUAUCAUAUGUAUGUGAAUUAUUCUACAAUGAUUUCGCCAAAUCAAAGAAUAAUAGACCUUGCUGCCAAAACAAA